UGGGACAAAACGUGUGAAAGGAAACCGGAGGCGGCCUAGGGGGUUCGGUAGCAGCGGAGACAGCCCGGGACCCCGUGCAUGGCCACGGAGUUACAGUGCCCAGACUCCCUGCCCUGUCAAACCCAGCAAGUAGUCUCUGACUCAGCCCUAAAUCCUGAGCUGCUGCGGCUGGACGAACACACCCCGGACUAUGUCGGGGGAAGCUGUGCCGCCAUGGCCAAGCUGACUCUCCGCCAGGAGGACACUGAGUGUAGCGUGCCCGCCGAGAGGGACCCUCAGGCCCGCAGCGAUGCCACCCUCAGCUCAGAAAACAGCAGUGGCACGGGUGAUGGUAGUAACUCGGACACAUUCGUCGGCGACUCCCUCCCGGUGGACACUGAGCUCUCCUGGCAGAUCGGACCGCAGCUUAAGUUGCUGCCUAUGAAUGAUCAGAUUCGGGAACUGCAGACCAUCAUCCGUGACAAAACAGCCAGUAGAGGGGACUUCAUGUUUUCUGCAGAUCGCUUGAUCAGACUUGUUGUGGAAGAGGGACUGAAUCAGCUUCCAUAUAAAGAAUGCAUGGUGACCACUCCAACAGGGUACAAGUAUGAAGGAGUGAAAUUUGAGAAGGGAAAUUGUGGGGUCAGCAUAAUGAGAAGCGGUGAAGCCAUGGAGCAAGGUUUACGAGACUGCUGUCGAUCCAUUCGAAUUGGGAAGAUCCUGAUUCAGAGUGAUGAGGAGACACAGAGAGCCAAAGUGUAUUAUGCCAAGUUCCCCCCAGACAUUUACAAGAGAAAAGUCCUUCUGAUGUAUCCAAUUCUUAGCACUGGAAAUACUGUAAUUGAAGCAGUGAAGGUUCUUAUAGAACAUGGAGUUCAACCCAAUGUCAUCAUCCUGCUCAGUCUGUUCUCCACUCCUCACGGUGCCAAAUCAAUCAUCCAAGAGUUUCCAGAGAUCACAAUUUUAACUACUGAAGUACAUCCUGUUGCACCUACACAUUUUGGACAGAAAUAUUUUGGGACAGACUGAAGUAUUGAAGGAAAAUGGCUUUUCUUGUGUAAUAUUACGGUUCUAUUUUUGAGUUCCUACUUGUAUUACUUCACUGGAAAAGUGGCAGAGACAACAUGUUAAAGAUGCCUUUUAAUUUUGGGAUCAGGUACAGUAAAAAGGAAAUAUUUGAGGCUUUAUUUAUUUGAUUUGAUAAUUUCUUGACUGUUCACACCAAAUGCAAUAUGGAAGCAAGCAGAACUCUUACAUAAGAUGGAAAUUCUCAUAAUAUGCCUACGAAAGUUGUGAGCCCUCAGUGAACUUCUGUUCUCUAAUGAACCUCUUAGUUUAGAAGUUGCUUGCAGCCACAAAGUAAACCUUUGCAUUUGAUCUAGUUUGUUCUUAGUUGUAAUGCUGUUUCAUGUGUGUAGCUGUUGCCACCUUCCUCUGCUCUUUACUUCCCCUAGUACUAUACAUGUUAAUAACUGAGAAAAGAGGGGGAAAAAAUAAUGCCUCCUAGAAUAGUGCAUUUUCAUUAAUAAUUUCAUUUGAUUGGCAGACCUGGGUAUAUGGUUAACUCUUUGAUCAUGCCAUUUCCCAAGCUGUCUUGUAGGCAGUGCCCUUCCAAGCCAUAAGGCAGUGAAGAAGGUAGCGGGUUAUUUUCAAUAACUGAAAUGUAACAUAAUUGAAAGGCUGAAGCAGGGGUGUCUGCUGACAAGCCAGAGCUCAGCACUGUCAAUGCCAUCAGUUCUUCAGAAAGGAGUUGCUGGUAAUUUUUCUUGACAUGUUUGGGAAAUGGAGGGUGUUUCUUCCUGGAUUUCAUGGCCAAUAAAUAAAGUAAUUAAAAUUUUAA